UAUAAAUACAUAGCUAGCAAUAGUUCGUAGUUAUAGUAGGGUAACUUACUUUAAACUUUUGGUAAAUCUGAGACAUCGCGAAUUUUGCAGCUUAGAAGUUUUAUUUUAAGUACCUUGCUAAAACGUUGUGUUUUUAGAUAGGAGGUAGUACAAUUUAGCUGUUAAUUAAGUAUGGAACUACGUGCAACAGGACAAUUCUAUUUUGAUUCAUGCAGAUACAAUGGACAGUGUUUGUUGUAGAUCUUAUCUUUCCAUAACUAAAUUAAAUAAGCUACCUAUAAUAAUGAUUUUUUCUGAAAAGAAAUUACUCCCGGAAAUAAGAUUUUUCAAUCACUCCUAGUAGUUUUGAAAUUUUACUAGACAUUGAAGUAGAUAGGCUAGCUAACUAACUUAAAGUAAUGCACUUACAUUUUGAAAAAAAUACCAACACAAAAUGUGAUUGCACUAUUCUUUCCCUGUCGUGGAUGGGAAAAGUUCCUGAUGAAUUACCAGAGGAUGAAGGAUGGAAACUCAACCGCACUAACUAUUACCAAGAGGGAUGGCUGGCCACAGGGAAUGUACGAGGAAUCGUUGGUGUCACGUUUACUACUUCCCAUUGCAACAAGGCCCUAGAGACACCUCCACGCACCAACUACAACUUGAGGGGUCAUCGCUCAGAGGUAAUCCUGGUGAAAUGGAACGAACCCUACCAGAAGUUAGCAUCAUGUGACAGCUCAGGAGUAAUAUUUGUGUGGAUCAAGUACGAGGGUCGCUGGAGUAUUGAGCUGAUCAAUGACCGUAAUACUCGAGUCACACACUUCAGCUGGUCACACGACGGCCGCAUGGCCCUCAUCUGCUAUCAGGAUGGAUUUGUCCUUGUGGGGUCAGUGGCAGGACAGCGCUACUGGUCAUCAAUGCUGAACCUCGAAUGUAUCAUCACUUGUGGAAUUUGGACUCCCGACGACCAACAGGUGUACUUUGGCACAUCCACUGGUCAACUAGUUGUGAUGGAUGUGCACGGAGCCAUGGUGGCACAGGUAGAUUUAGCCAGUCCCAUGGCAAUCACCAACAUGGCGUGGUCCUGUGAAAAGUUCAAGAUGGAGGAGGGUGAUGAUAACAUUGAUACAAGUCGUUACGUGCUGGCAGUCAGUGUGGAGAAUGGCUGCAUCUUAUUGCUGAAGCAUCACGACGACGUGAGUCCCAUUAGGAUCAGCACUGGGCUGAGUCCUCUGCACCUGGAGUGGAGCAACUGUCGCCAACUACUGAGCGUGGCUGGUAGCCGGGCCGCCAACACCAGUGCUGCAACACAGGAAUACACCAACGUUGUCAGGGUCUACACUGAUACUGGCGUCUUGUUGUACUCUGCACUCAUCCCAUAUACUCAGCUGCCUGUUACUGCGUUGACGUGGGGUCACAAUGACAAGAGGUUGUUUGUGGCCACUGGCUGUAUGGUACACAUGGCCUGGGUGUCAAUGCGAAUAGCCUCCUUGCAGCUGUUGUGUAGUCUGCAGGUGUACCAUCGUCUGCAGGGCAGUUUGCGACAGUUAUCAACAUUGCCUCUGCCUCUACGUAUACAGCAGCUGGUCUCUAAGCUCUUCACUCACACUAUUAGGUGCUGCGUGCCUGAAGGCUCGGGACUGCGGGAGUUUGUGAGUCGAGCCCCAAGGGUACGUCUGCAUUGCACCAUGUUGCGACACGAGGAUGACAUUGCUGCCAACUGUUACACUCUGUAUCUCGAGUACCUGGGGGGGUUGGUACCACUGCUCAAGGGAAAGCGCACCAGUAAACUCAAGCCUGAGUUUGUCAUAUUUGAUCCCCAAGUCAGUGAUGCCAGUUGCUUCUCUGCUCGCAUCCUGGUCAAUACAGGGGGAGGGGGAGGGGGAGGAAGUGAGAGGGAGGACAGUGAGCCUGAGGAGGGAUGUGGCAGCCCUCGACUGCCUCGACGUAGCCGCUCUAGACCUCACCCUCAACAUCUCUACGCCGACACACUGCCAGAGGACUCCAGGCUGGCCGAGGUGACAUCUAACAUUUGGGGUACAAAGUUCCGCAUCCACGGAGUGUCACAGGGACUAGCCACUAAUCUGGGACAAGUGACAUACAAAACAUCUCUUCUGCACCUGCAGCCCCGCCAGAUGACAUUGCAGAUGGCGGGGGAGGGACCGCCAGACCCCGUACCUCCCACACACAACCUGUCUGAGGAUGAAGAGGAGGGAGGAGAGGCGCAUGGUGCACCGAUAGCACCUCUCACUCGCACACGAUGUCACAGAAACAAGAGCCCUCGCAAUGGCAGUAGCAGCACCAACAGUGCAGAGUGUUUCAUGACUAGAAGUUCCUUCCGGGAUUGUGAGUGUGGGGAAGGGGAUGAAAGUGGAGUGGCGGUGGUGGGGGACAAGAGCAGAGGACGAGGGGUUGUUCGCAGUUGUAGUGUUGGAUAUUUGGACCUUGUGGAAUCAGGUGCUAGUAAUAACAGACUGGUGCUGGUGAGACAGGCGCGGCCGCCUCGACUAAGCCAUUGUGGUAAAAGUCGCAGCCUUGACUCAUCAGACAUGAGACUAGGACUGGCAGAGAUGAUCAAACCUGCAGUCAUCUGUAACCAGCCUCGCAGUCAGCCUGCCAGUCCGGCUCUCACAAAGAAGAAGACUAACAAUAACAACAUCACUUCCUCACCCAUCAGAAAGCGUUUGCUCAAUUCACCAUUACUGAGUCGUCGUUUACGUAGACGUCCAGACAAUGAUUAUCAGGAUCUAGAAAGUUUUCAGAAAGCACAGCUAAGGAACAAGAUUGAGGUGACGGCGAGGCGGAGAGAAUUUGUGAUGCAUAACAAAGCUCCAAUGUGGAAUGAAAACAGUCAAGUUUACCAGCUAGACUUUGGCGGCCGAGUGACACAAGAGUCUGCCAAGAAUUUCCAAGUAGAAUUCAGAGGAAAACAGGUGAUGCAGUUUGGCAGGAUAGAUGGCAACGCCUACACUCUUGAUUUCCAGUAUCCCUUCUCUGCAGUACAGGCAUUUGCUGUAGCGCUGGCAAAUGUUACACAACGACUCAAGUAGAGAAGUUACACGUUCUCGGAUCAUUCGCUCAUUAAUUUGAUAACAAUUUAUAAAUAUAACCAAGUAGGCGAUAUUUGGAACUCAGUAAUGGAAAGAAUGUUUGUUACUUUAUUGAAACUUGAAUAUGAGUGUUAAGUGUAGUGUAUUAAGUAUUAAGUGAUUUUUAAAACAAUUUUGAGAUGUUAAAACAUGGUUCAAUGACAUCUGUGUUUGGGAGGACUGCUUCUAUGGUUUUGAGCCCAAAGCUGUUGUUUUGUUACUUAAUCUACUUUCUUGUGCAAUGAAGUCUAGUCAAUAUGUUACAUAUCCAUCCAUCUACGAGGCGGUAUAGAGGUAACAGUUCAGUAAACAAAUUUUCUACUUUGAAAUAACUUAUUAUGUACUGUACAGUAUAAUUAAUAUUCAUACCCUCCACCCCAUAUUAUCAUAAUAAGUUUUACAAUUUGGGUUACAACACCUUGAGGAAGGAAGGAAGCUUUAAUUGUGUACCGCAAACCAAUUUUCGUUUGAUUUAAUUACCUUUUAAAAUAUAAUUUAGUUAGUUUAACUUACAACCACUAGAUCAUAUUAUGUUGUGCUUAAUUACUUUGUUUCUACGAACUGUUAUCUUAAAUGCCAAUGUCAAUCUCAACGAAUUCCAUCAUGGCCAUACGUCCAAAUAUAUUGUAAGUACAGUAUUGUUUUUUACCCAA